AUGCCGCGCACGCUCGCGGGCGAAGAAGGCCACGUCCAAGUCCAAGAGCUUUUGCGCAAGCACCCAGAAACGAUCCAGCUUGUCAAGGCUCUGCGCGAAAAGCGCAUUCGGGACGCCAGCACGCUCCUCGAGCAAGAGAAGAUCAACGUCAACCAUUAUGAGCCGGAUGGAACGACGUUGCUGCAUCUCGUACUAGCGACGCAGGAUCUCAAACUGCUUGCAACCAUGCUUGAAAACCCCAACCUUGCGAUCGACGCCACCGACUCGAGUGGGAGGACAGCGCUUGCCAUCGCACUUGCUACAGGCAACUUCGAGGCAACCUACGCGCUCCUUCAGUCAAACGCGCGGCUUGACGCUGUGGACACGGCCAUCGUGACAGCUAUCUUGCGCCACGCAGCGUCGACCAACGACACAGAGAUGGUGGCAGCGCUACUAAAGCACGGCGUGCGCCCUGCGGCAACCAACGAGAAAGGCGAGACGGCGCUGCACUUUGCGGCUGCGAACGGCCACACUGCGAUCGUUCAAACGCUGCUCGAGAACGACAAGUCUCUGCUUGGUCGUUGCGACCAGAAGGACGUCGCCGUGAAGGGCCACAGCUGCAUCAACGCCACCAACCAAGCCGGCGAAUCCCCCCUUUUUGUUGCUACUGCCAAUGGCCACAUCGACGUUGUCAAGGCACUCGUACAAGCUAAGGCCAAGACCCACCAUCUUUCCAAUGAUGGCUCGACGCUGCUGCACGCUGCUGCCAUCGGUGGCAACCCACGCGUUCUUGAGUACAUCCUCCCACUCUGCUGCGACUUGGAGGCAUGCGACGAGAUGAAGCGCACGCCGCUGUACGUGGCGGCCGAGAAGGGUCAUACCAGCGCCGUCAACACCCUUUUCGACAGCGGUGCCAGCGUCUUCGCCAUCAAAAAGGGCGACAAGACAACCGUUUUUAUGGUGGCCAGCAACCACGGGCCGGUCGUCAAGGCGCUUCUCAAGAAGCUUCUGCCGAUGCCGACGACAAGCGGCAUGUCGUACAAGGCCUUGACGCUGCAUAGAGCGAACCUCGUGGCGGCCAAGGCGCACCUUGCCCUGCGCAACACAAAGCUGCAGACAGCCGUGGACGUAGCCUCGGGCGCCGUCCGCGAUCAAUUGCUCGCCGCAAACACGUUCGUCGAGGCCGAGCUCCAUCGUCUUGAGCAAGCGACCCAGAGAGAGGAAGCCGCUUUGGCCGCUGCAAUCACGGCGCGCGACUGGACGACCACUUUGGCGCUUUUGGGUGAAGGCGUCUCGGCCAUGGCGAGCCAAGAUCAAGAAGCGCUCGUCGCCGCCGUCACGGACACAGGCAACCGAGAGCUCCUGCGCGCGCUGCUCUCGAUGGCGGUCGACGCCAACCAGCUGGAAUCGGUGCUUCAGCAAGCACUCGCUGGCGCAGUUGCCAACAACAAGGUGCUUCUCGUGAUGGACGUUCUGCACACGUUUGCAAACACAGUGCAUGUGACGACGACGAGUGGUCCGUCGCCACUGCACAUUGCUGCAAACACCGGGUCGGUGGUGCUGCUCAGCAUGCUUCUGGCCUGCCCUACCCUGAAUAUCGACGCUGUCAACGAGGAAGGCUACACGGCGCUUGCAUUGGCCGUGCAAACCAACCAAGUCGACGCUGCAUUGGUGCUCCGUAGCGUCGGCGCGAAUGUCUCGAUUUUGCUACCGGUCUUUUAGUGUAAUAUGGUGAAUCGCUCUGACGUUACACUGUAGGAUGGCUCCUCGGUGCUCCACGUUGCUGCCAAGCUCUUUAACGACGCCGACUUGACGCUGCUGCACGGAAUUACAGGACGGAACACAGUGCAAUAGCCAAACCUUUGACAAAACGGCACAAAAUGACAAAUUUGAGUGCAAU